AUGGCUGGCGAAUUGCGCUACGACGACCAGGUCGUCGUCAUUACCGGCGCUGGAGGCGGCUUGGGCAAGGCAUAUGCUACCUUCUUCGGCUCAAGAGGAGCCAAGGUCGUUGUCAAUGAUCUUGGUGGCUCUUUCAAGGGCGAAGGCAACUCGACCAAGGCCGCCGAUGUAGUAGUCAACGAGAUCAAAGCCGCUGGCGGCCAGGCCGUGGCCAACUACGACAGUGUCGAGAACGGCGAGAAUAUCAUCGAGACCGCCAUCCAGGCAUUCGGCCGUAUCGAUAUCCUCCUCAACAACGCCGGUAUCCUGCGAGACGUUAGCUUCAAGAACAUGUCGGAUCAGGACUGGGAUCUGGUCAUGAAGGUCCACGUCAAGGGCGCAUACAAGUGCGCCCGCGCCGCCUGGCCUCACUUCCGCAAGCAAAAGUACGGUCGUGUAAUCAACACGGCAUCCGCUGCCGGCUUGUUCGGCAACUUCGGCCAGGCCAACUACUCAGCCGCCAAGCUGGCCCAGGUCGGCUUCACCGAGACACUUGCGAAGGAGGGUGCCAAAUACAACAUUAUCUGCAAUGUCAUUGCACCCAUUGCCGCGAGUCGCAUGACCGAGACCAUCAUGCCUCCUGACAUGUUGGAGAACCUGAAGCCCGAGUGGGUUGUCCCCCUCGUGGCUGUCCUGGUCCACAAGAGCAACAUGACGGAGAAUGGUGGCAUCUUUGAGGUUGGUGGCGGCCACAUUGCCAAGUACAGAUGGGAGCGGUCUAGUGGUCUUCUGCUCAAGGCGGAUGACAGCUACACUCCCGGUGCUGUCCUGAAGCAGUGGAGCAAGGUCAACGACUUCUCGAACCCUCAGUAUCCGACCGGUCCUAACGACUUCAUGGGUCUCCUGGAAGAGUCGAUGAAGAUGGGUCCGAACGACAAAGGGGAGAAGCUAGACUUCACUGGAAAGGUGGCUUUGGUCACUGGCGGUGGUGCUGGUAUUGGCCGAGCUUACUGUCUUGCAUUUGCUAAGCAUGGCGCAUCGGUAGUGGUGAACGAUCUGGUAGACCCUGACACUGUGGUUGGUGAGAUCAAGAAAAUGGGCGGAAAGGCUGUUGGUGUCAAGGCAUCCUCGGAAGAGGGUGAGAAGGUGGUCAAGGGUGCAAUCGAUGCUUUCGGCAGACUUGACAUCGUUAUCAACAACGCUGGCAUCCUGCGAGACAAGGCCUUUUCCAACAUGGACGACAACCUGUGGGACCCUGUGAUGAACGUCCACCUCCGCAGUACUUUCAAGAUUACGAGGGCUGCUUGGCCCUACUUCUUGAAGCAGAAGUACGGUCGUAUCAUCAACACCACCUCCACAAGUGGUAUCUACGGUAACUUUGGACAGGCCAACUAUGCCGCAGCGAAAUGCGGCAUCCUUGGUCUCUCCCGCACGAUUGCCAUUGAAGGUGCCAAAUACAACAUCUACUGUAACACCAUCGCCCCCAACGCAGGGACUCAAAUGACCGCCACUAUCCUCCCUGAAGAACUAGUGCAGGCUUUCAAGCCUGACUAUAUCGCGCCCGUAGUGCUUGCUCUUUGCAGCGACAAGGUUCCCACACAACCGACUGGCGGCUUGUACGAAGUUGGUAGCGGCUGGGUUGGCCGCACAAGGUGGCAACGAACGGGCGGUGCUGGUUUCCCACUGGACGUCAAGUUGGUCCCUGAAGAGAUUGUCAAGAAGUGGUCUGACAUUGUCAACUUCGACGAUGGGCGGACAGAUAACCCAGAGAAGUCUUCAGACUCGAUAGAAAAGAUCAUGGCCAACAUGUCGAACAAGCGAGGGGCAUCCAAGACGUCUGAUGCAGGUAACCAGUCCGGCGGAGGUAACCAGUAUCUUGAAGCUCAAGCAAAAGCAAAGUCCGCCGAGUCACAACCUACCGAGUUCACCUACACCGAGCGUGACAGUAUGCUGUACAACUUGGGUAUUGGUGCCAAGCGCACAGAUCUCCCGUACGUCUUCGAGGGUCACGAAGACUUCCAAGUGCUGCCCACGUACGGCGUGAUCCCCCAAUUCGACACCCAGAUGCCGUUCGACUUCGACGAGGUGGUCCCCAACUUCUCGCCCAUGAUGCUACUCCACGGCGAGCAGUACCUCGAGGUCAAGAAGUGGCCGAUCCCGACGGCAGCGCGCACACAGAGGCAUGGACGUUCUCAUACACUAGACUACGGCAAGCUGCUCGAGGUGGUGGACAAGGGCUCGGCGGCCAUCCUGAAGAGCGGCGUCACGACGACUAACGCCGAGAACGGCGAGGAGCUGUUCUACAACGAGGCGACCGUCUUCCUCCGGGGGUGCGGCGGCUUCGGCGGGCAGAAGAAGCCCGGCGAUCGCGGGGCGGCGACCGCGCCUAAUGUCCUGCCGAAGAGGAAGCCGGAUGUUGUUGUCGAGUCGCCGACUACGGCUGAGCAGGCUGCUAUCUACCGGUUGAGUGGUGAUUACAACCCCCUCCACAUCGACCCCAACUUCGCCAAGAUGGGCGGCUUCAAGGAGCCCAUCCUGCACGGGCUGUGCUUCAUGGGCAUCGCCGGCAAGGCCGUCUACGAGGCCUUCGGGCCCUACAAGAACAUCAAGGUGCGCUUCGCCGGCUCCGUGCUGCCGGGCCAGACCCUCGUCACCGAGAUGUGGAAGGAGGAGGGCGGCAAGGUCGUGUUUCAGUCCAAGGUCCGCGAGACGGGCAAGUUGGCUAUCUCGGGGGCGGCGGCGGAGCUGGUGGAUGGGGGGAAGGGGGGGAAGCUUUAG